AUGAAUAUCCCAAAGGAUGUGAAAAAGUAUGUAUCUAUUUUAAAAUCUGUUGAAACUGAUUCAGAAAAAUUUGCUGCUUUAUUUAUGAUUACAAAAUUAGUGGAUAGCAAGGAUUGUACAGUAGCAAUGAAAAAAAUAUUAUUUGAAGCAAUUGGAACAAAAUUUUUAAAAAAAUUAUUGUCUACACAAGUAGUUCCUGUAGACUGUCCUCCACAAGUAUAUAAAUCUGUAGCGUUAUCUAUACUUUCUGCAUUUUGUGCAGAAUCAGAAUUAGCUUCUCAUCCUGACAUGAUUACUCAUGUACCUGCACUACUUGAAAUUGUGUCCCAAAAUGAUGAAGAUGCAGAUGAUAAUAUGUUAAUUAUUGUUAGUGAAGCAUAUACAUGUUUACAAAAUAUUGCACAAUAUCCUCCUGGACAACAAGUUUUACUUGAACAGAAAGCAAUUACAAAAAUGUGUGAUAUUUAUGCAGAAAAGAGCUUUCAAACAGAUCAAGCUUUAAAUAUCUUAGUCACUUUAGUUCAAAGAUUUGGUCCAGAAGCAUGGGAUGCAACAGAUGCUGCACCUUUUCAUGCUAUUAUGAAUAAAAUUGCAUUAGAUUUUGAAACAGAUCAUACUGAAAGAAAAUUUCAUUUAUGUACAAUUUUACAAGCUUUAUUAAUGUCCUGCAGAAAGAAUAUUAUUAGUGAAACUGCUAAAGACGAGACUUGGCCUUCUAGUAUUCAUAAGGCUAUAUUUGAUGUUCUUGGAUCAAAGAUAGGCAAAAAUCAACGUGAUCCAGUAUUAAAACUUGCUUCUGUUAUGUUAGAUUUAUUAGGAGCUGAAUGGACUUUAUUGGAUAAAGAAAGGCCAAAAGUAUUUUUAUUAUUGUUGAUUCAAUUAGCAUCUAUAGAAGUUAGAAUGCAAGUAGAAGGAAAACAAUUAAAAACUGUAAUGGCAAAUGCUGUUUUAAUAACAUCUUGCUUUGUUAUUCUUGAAAUUUCUCUUGCAUAUAUUACUAAUGAUCAAUUAGAUCUAGAUCAGAAAGAAAAACAGUCCUUGUAUACUGUACUAAAGGGAGCUUUUACUGCAAUUAUAGGUUUACUUACAGCAGUAUCUAAAAUGAAAGAAAUAACAGAUAUUAAAGAAAAAGUAUUUAUUUAUGCUGUGGUAAGAGUUUUAGCAGCAUGGCUUGCUCAAGAAACAACAGCUGUGCGUUCUCAAGUUUAUGCAAUUUUACCUUAUGUCUUAACAGUAGCCAAUGAUACAUUUUAUGCACAUAGAAAUAGAAAAUUAGCUGAGAAGGCUAAGGCAAAUGCUAAAAUUAAAAGUGAUGAAGCAACAUCAUCUGGAGAACCAGUCACUCAUGAUCCUUUAAGCGAGGUUGAUUUAUUAAGACUUCUGUUACCAGCAUUAUGUUAUUUAGCUAUAGAAGAAGAUGCUCGAGAAAUUUUAAUUAAACAUAAACAAGAAGAAGUACUGUUUGAAUGUUUAUCUUACCAUUGGACAAUUAUUCAUCAUAAAAAACCACCAGUACCAAAAUCAGAAAGAUUAAAAGCUUUGAAAGAACCAGAAAAAGAAGAAGAUUUAGAACUCCAUGUAUCAGAAGCAAUUAAAGAUUCAAGGACAGCCAUGGUUUCCGUGUGUAAUGUGUUAAUGAACAUUACUGUAUUAGAAGCAAAAUUAGUAGAAGAAUCACCAACGUUCAUUUCUCUAUUGAAAUUUAUUUUCAAUAAUCUUCCAGAACUUAAACAAAUUCCAGAAAAUCUAGUACUACAUGGUCAUCUUGCAGUUUUGGGAUUAUUAUUAUUAAAACAACAAGCAACACGUAUGAAAAAGAAUGAUUUUUCUAUAUGUCGAUAUAUACAGGCUACUAUAAGAUUUUUGUGGGAUGCAUAUAUAAUUGAUGAGAGUAAUGAUCCAACUGAACUUGUUGUUGCCAUGUCAUAUAAAGAACGGUGGAUGGAACUUAUGGAGCUAUGGUUUCUUGGAAUGCAGACAAUGGCUGGAGUAUUACAAGUUAUACCUUGGCUUUCACAGUUUACUCUUGAAUCAGGUUGGGCUGAAGAAAUUAUUGAAAUUCUGAAGAAAAUAAAGAUAGGAAGUCUUCAGCCAAAUGUAAAGUUUGCAUUUGAGGAUCUUUUGUGCCAUUUAGUUAAAGCAGAUGAAAAUGUUGCUUCAGUUUUGAAGAAACAUGGAGCUUUAACUGUAUGCAGAAAUCAUCGUAUGAUGGAACUUGGGAAACAUCUUUUUGGAGAUUAAAAAUAGUUCAAAGUAUAUGUAUUAAUAUUCUACUGUUUUAACUGAAAAUACUAUAUACUUGUACACUGAUAGAAUAGCCAAGAUAUUUAGUCUAUUCUUAUGUUAUUAACUAAUAUGUUUAUUUGUGUAUACAUGUUAUACAUGUUUUUAUAUUACGCUAUAUUGCAUAUAAAAAAAUGUUUAACAAGAAUUUAUUACUUGAACAUAUUUGCACACAUAUUUGAACACUGUUUGCAAAACUGUGUACAAUCAUAGAUCAGAUAUAAAUUUAGAUGUUAAUCAUGUCUGAAAAUAGCUUCCUGGCAGGCAAAAGAGUUUGCAAAUAUUUCUAUGAGAUAAAUAGUUCCACAAACUUAA